AUGCAUGCCUUCCUGAACUACAGCCUCCUUCAGGCUUGGUUCCCAUCUGAGGCAGAGAUCUGGAAUCCGCCCACGUGGUUUCUCUCAGCACUUUCCUUCGCGAAUUUCACCUUGCCAGCCAUUCUUCCACAGAUUGCGAGACUGUCAAAGGAUGGUCUUCAGAAACUGUUGGUGGCUUUAUCCACAGUCUCGCUGCUUCAGAAGCUGUCCUACUCACAAGCCUGGAAAUUCUACUGUUGUGGAGGAUUCGCUGAGAAGACAGCACACCCAUACCUUUGGAAUGUGACACGUUUCCAUCCGUUUGGAGCGCUUGUGGAGAUUGUGAUUGGCGCAGCAGCAGCAAGAAGUGUUAUGCUUGAUGAUGAGAACCAGAAGCCAUCAAUUAAUCCAUUGUGGCUCUUCCUGGCCAGCUACGCAUCUUUGGGCCUACGCCUGACGACCUUGAACUUGAAUGAUGCCAUGAUCCGUACGCUUCUCUUCAUGCCCCUGUACACAAAGUUCCUCAUGGAAAUUCACAGGGACUGCCUGACGGAGAAGCCGCAUCUCAUCACUCGCUUCUUCGGGUCAAAGCUCAUGACCUCACUGGGUGCUUUAGCCUUUCCGAUGUUCAUCUUGCACGGACCCAUUGGACAGAUCUUCUACAAAAAGAAAAUAGCUGAGAAGCUCUGGGGAGGGAUUUUGCCCAAGAAGUUCUUUCCCUUCUACUUGCUGCUGGUCAUGGUUGCUGGUCACUUUACCAACGAGUUCUUUGUCAAGUCAAAAAAGGUCCAGCAGUUCAGUGCUUGGUUGGCCAGAAAACUCGCCGAUUCCACGAAAGGAAUGUUGAGUGAUGCUGUGCCGAGGGAUAGCUCAAUGGAAAAGCUUGCAGGAGCGUAG